GGAAAGGUUGCGUCAAAAUGACUUUAUUAUUUUGUUUCCUGGUUGCUUUCUGCAUGUUGACGUUUGGAUCACCUUUGGAACACAAUGACCGUGAAAAGAGAGGCUCAUCUAAAAUUCGCGUCUUUGAGGGAGAUAUGUGGCUUACGGAGGAGCAGAUUCAAGCAGCCGAGAAUGGAAUGGAUCCUAAUAACGCUGCUGGAACACGUGGUUUGUCAAAAUACCGCAAAUGGCCCAACGGCAUUGUUCCUUAUACAUUGGCUGACAGUGCAGAUAAGUGGUACAAGAGAGGAGCAAUUUUCAGCGCGAUGAAAGAGUGGCAGCAGAAGACGUGCAUCAAGUUUGUUCCGAGGACAAAUCAGAGAGAUUACAUAGAGUUCUUUGUUGACAAAGGGUGUUAUUCAUAUGUUGGAAGGACUGGAGGAAAGCAACAAAUUUCAUUGGGUUUUGGCUGCGGUUACCAUGGCAUAGCUGUACAUGAGAUCGGACAUGCUCUGGGAUUUUGGCAUGAGCAAAGUCGACCUGACCGGGAUCAAUAUGUGGAAAUUGUGUGGGACCAUAUUAAAGAUGACCAGAAGCACAACUUCAGAAAAUAUAGUCAUGGAACUAUCGACAGCCUCGGCGUUCCCUAUGACUAUGGGUCCAUAAUGCACUACGGGAAGCGUGACUUUGCAAAGUGGCCAUGGCAAACUACCAUCAAAACCAAGAAUGGCGCAUCCAUCGGUCAGCGAUCUCAUCUUAGUGCGUUGGAUGUCAAGCAAAUGAAUUUGUUCUAUGAUUAUGCCUCCGAUCAGUAUGAAAUGUUCGAAGGCGACAUACUGCUCACAAAAGAACAGAUGGAAGCAGUAAAGAAAGGCUUAGGCCCCAAUGGCGGUCUUAGCUCUCGCGGAUUAUCGAACAGCAAUUAUAGGCUGUGGCCGAGAGGAAUCGUUUAUUACACCAUCGAUACUAUCAGGCCAAUAAGGAGAGCAAUUAUUCACAGCGCAAUAAGAGAAUGGGAAGAAUUUACUUGCAUUCGUUUUAAAGAAAGAAGAUACGAAAGGGACUAUAUUGAGUUCUUUGUCGGAAAAGGAUGUUACUCAACAGGCGUUGGUCGUUUGGGAGGGAAACAAAAAAUCUCACUGGGUUUUGGCUGCAUCACACAUGGGAUAGCCGUUCAUGAGAUUGGACAUGCUCUCGGAAUGUACCACGAGCAAAGUAGACCUGAUCGUGACAAGUAUGUGACUAUUCACUGGGAUAAUAUUGAAAAGGGCCAAGCACACAACUUUAACAAAUAUAGCUACAGUAUCGACAGUUUGGGAUCCCCAUAUGACUACAAUUCCAUAAUGCAUUAUGGCAAGCGUGAUUUUGCUUGGCCUCCAUGGAAAGUUACCAUUGAGCCGAAGCAAAGAGGAGCAAAAAUCGGUCAGCGGAGACAUCUUAGCACGCUGGAUAGGAAACAGAUGAACAAGCUUUACAACUGCAAUAAAAAAUAA